UCUUACUCAUUUUGAGUACAAAGAUUAUCCCGUCUUUUUUCAUCACCUGUUGAUACUUCCACACUCAUUCGAGGAACCGAUAUCUCAAGGGAAGAGAUAGAAAGAGAGAGGGGCUUCGAGGGAUUUGCGAUGUAUCGUUUGUUCGAGGCCGUGCAUGAAAUGAAGGCCCCGCUGAUGAUGGUGGUCGUCCAGGUUGCUUUUGCCGGCGUCAACAUACUGUACAAGCUUGCCGCAAGCAACGGGAUGAACCUGACGAUCGUCAUCGCCUACCGGUUCAUAUUCGCGACGGCUUUCCUGGCCCCUCUGGCUUUCUUCUUAGAAAGGAAGAGCUGGCCAAAGAUAACAUGGACAGUGCUUGUGCAAGCCUUCUUUUGUGGGCUAUUUGGGGGAUCAAUGGGGCAAAAUUUAUACCUAGCAAGCUUAUCAAUGACAUCGGCGACAUACGCCUCAGCCAUGGCCAACCUGGUCCCGGCAGUAACCUUCGUCUUGGCUGUUUCUUUCGGGUUGGAGAAGGUGAGGCUGAGGACAGUUGCAGGGAAGGCAAAAGUGGCGGGAACAUUAAUGGGGGUUGGUGGGGCAAUGCUGCUCACGUUCUACAGGGGCGUGGAAGUCAACCUGUGGUCAACGCACGUGAACCUGCUGCGCCACGUGGCGGCGACCCAGCAGGGCCAGGAGGGUUCGAGCAAUCUCCCCCUGGGCUCGCUUUUGGCCGUGGCCAGCUGCUUCUGCUACGCCUUGUGGUUGAUCAUUCAGGCGAAGAUGAGUGAAGGGUUCCCGCACCCAUACACGAGCACGGCGUUGAUGACCUUCAUGGGGUCGAUCCAAGCAGUGGUUUACGCAUUGUGCCGAGAGAGGGACUGGAGCCACUGGAAGCUCGGAUGGAACGUCGGGCUCCUCACCGCAUCAUUCUCGGGGAUCUUCGCUUCCGGGCUGUGCUAUACUCUGAUCGCUUGGUGUGUACGGAUGAGAGGACCGGUCUUCGUGUCGGUGUUUAAUCCUUUGAUGCUGGUGACCGUGGCCUUGGCGGGUUCUAUGGUGUUGGACGAAAAAUUGCACCUCGGGAGCAUUCUAGGGUCGGGGCUCAUAGUGCUCGGUCUCUAUGCGGUGCUGUGGGGCAAAGGAAAGGAGAACAAGAGGACGAAUCAGUUAGUGCCGUUGAGCAACCCCGGCGAAUCCGAAUCCAAAUCCAUUGAGAUCGUCGUUGCCUCUUCUAACGAGAACGAUGUUAAGGAGGGUGACGAUGUUCGAGAGCGGAUGACAAAGGAGAGCGAAGUGACCAAAGAAUGCCUCGAAGAGAAAACGGGAGGAGAAGAGCAAGUUUAAGGAGCAACUGAUAAUAUGUACGAUGUACAAUUGUUCCAAAAUCUAGGCAGGCAUAGAGACAUGCAAAACGGGCAACUUCAUCUUGUCCAAAAGUGGGCAUUUUCGUAAAUAGCCAGACAUUGUCUAUACGAUAGUUAAGAGUAUAAGAUAUGUCCAAAACAAGUUAUUAUUCUCACAG